AUGGCGGAAGCAAUCCAGCAGCUCGUACUAGACACCCUUGAUAAAUCAGGGAUCAUCCAGGAUACUCGGACGUUGGUCCUGCCAGGCCAGGCAGACGCAGCAGCAGACCAUGAAUCCCAGAUCGUCAUCUUGGGGGCUCUCAAUUCGCUUGCUAGUCGUGAUAUGAUCGCGUACACAACGCAAGAAACCACCUCUCAUGUCCUCACUCCCGAGGGUGCGCAAAUAGCCUUGGAGGGCUCUCAUGAGGCGCGAGUGUGGGCAGCACUGCCGCCGAAGGGGCAGGGUGCCGCUAUCACCUCGAAGCAGCUGGAGGCUGUCGUUGGCUCCGAAACGGCUAAGAUCGGCCAGGGUCGCGCGUUCAAGAACAAGUGGAUAGCCAAGGAGGGCGACGGUCUCGUGAAAGUUGCCGAAAGCGUCCAAGACGCCACACAACUGGAAAUGAGAGAAGUCGACUCGACAGGUACACUGAAAGCAGGCGAGAAGGCCCUGGCUGAGUUGCGGAAGCGCAAGCUCAUCGUGCAGAGUGGCUCGUGGAAGACGUCAACCUAUAAAAAGUACAACUUUGAAGCUGAAGGCUUGCCCCCUAAUGGUGGUGCUUUCCAUCCACUGCUCAAAGUGCGCGAAGAGAUCCGAAACAUCUUUUUGGAGAUGGGCUUCGCCGAGAUGCCCACAUCCUCCUUCGUUGAGUCAGGUUUCUGGUGCUUCGACGCGUUGUUCGUCCCGCAACAACAUCCUGCACGAGAAGUACAGGACACGUUCUAUCUCUCAGGCAAGCGGAAUCCGUCAACGUCUCUACCUCCCCCCGCUUCCUACUACUCCCGCGUAUCUAAGGUGCACGAGCACGGUGGCUAUGGUUCCAUGGGCUAUCGCGCCCCCUGGUCCGACGCCGAGACCCGUAAGCUCCUCCUGCGUACCCACACCACUGCAUCGUCCGCGUCGAUGCUCUACAAGCUGGCGGCAAAGUGCCGCGGCGAGGACACCGACGACUCUGUCAAUGAGCAGGCUGCGCACCCCGGUGCUUCGGCGAAAGACGGCGACGAUGGGUUCCGACCGGCGAAGCUCUUCAGCAUUGACCGCGUCUUCCGGAAUGAGACGAUGGACGCGACGCACCUGGCGGAGUUCCAUCAGGUCGAGGGGGUAGUGGCAGAUCGUGGGCUGACGCUCGCGGACCUCAUUGGCUUCAUGCGCGUGUUCUUCAAGAAAAUGGGCAUUGAGAACUUGAGGUUCAAGCCCGCGUACAACCCUUACACGGAGCCGUCCCUAGAAAUUUUCGCUUUCCACCCGCAACUUGGUAAGUGGGUCGAGGUCGGCAACAGCGGAAUGUUCCGACCUGAGAUGCUGGAGCCGAUGGGAUUCCCCAAGGACGUGCAUGCCUACAAUGAUUCGGUGCGUGGGGCGAUAGACCCUUCCCUGUCGGCUGCUCACGUCGCGUGUCUCCGCAGAUACGGCAUCAGCAACAUCCGGACGCUCGUGGGCCAUAAGGUAUCGAUAGAGGGAGUGGAAACGUCGCCUGCGGUCCGAUUCUGA